UUUUUUUUUUCAAAAAUCCCUUUCCUUUUUUUUCUUUCUUCUUCCCCUUUCUUUUCCUUCCUUUCUGCCUCUCUCUCUCUCUCUUGGACCGCUCGGGUUGUUGUGAAGUCGAUGAAUGCGAGUCUUGGGGAAUUAAAAAAAAAAGCGCGGCUGGAUUAAUUUAUUAAUUACUCCCCCGCCCCUCCCGCCCCUCCUCCUCCUGAAUGGGAAAUGUGACCUUUGAUCUCGCCUGUCUCCAGGAGAGCAGAAAUGCCAUAUUUCACCCCACACAGCCAUGGUGGGGUUCUGAAUCGGGGAUUUUUAGCUGCUUUUGAUUAUUUCUAUUUUAUUGUAUUUUUAAAUCAAUCGCUGUGUCUUAAGGCCCUUCCACACAGCCUUAUAACCCAGAAUAUCAAGGCUCAAAAUCCCACAAUAUCUGCUUUGAACUGGGUUAUCUGAGUCCACACUGCCAUAUAUUCCAGUUCAAAGCAUUUUAUAGGAUUUUAUUCAGCUGUGUGGAAGGGGCCUCUGACACCUUUUUUGCGCUCGGGAGAUGCAUUGAUUCAACAAUAAUGACCCGCUUGGUGGACACCAUAAUUUUCUAGUUUCUGGUAGCAAUAAUAAUUUAAAAAUACCUUUUAUUUGGAAGGUGGAUAGAAAAGCUGCAAUGGGAGCAAAAAGAGCUUUUGUGGAAGGGAAAAAGAGCUUUUGUGGAAGGGUAAGGCACUUUUCAGUGCUGCAGAAAUGCACACACCAAUGCAUGUUUGUGUUAGAAGUCUGUUUUUUAAAAUUUUUAGUAAAGGAUCCAUACAUUGUGUUGUCAAAGGUUUUCAUGGCCAGAAUCACUGGGUUGCUGUGAGUUUUCCAAGCUGUAUGGCCAUGUUCCAGAAGCAUUGUCUCCUGAUGUUUCGCCUACAUUUGUGGCAGGCAUCCUCAGAGGUUGUGAGGUCUGAUGGAAACUAAGCAAGUGGGUUUUCUAUAUCUUUGAAAUGUCCAAGGGUGGGAGAAAGAACUCUUGUCUGAUCAAUGCUAAUCAAGGUGAUCAAUUGCAACAUUCGCAUUUGCCUCCAUCAGAGAAGAUUUUUUUCUCCCACCUUGGACAUUCCAUAGAUAUAUAAAACCCCACUUGCCUAGUUUCCAACAAACCUCACAACCACUGAGGAUGCCUGCCAUAGAAACAUCAGGAGAGAAUGCUUCUGGAACAUGGCCAUACAGCCCGAAAAACUCACAGCAACCCAGAUCCAUACAUUUGCGCUAUGUGAGUGGAUUUGCAUGCACUGAAUGAGGAAAACUACUCAAAUGAAGUCAUUGCUGUUGAAUGAAGGUGAAAAUGUAGUUUGGAUUUUGGGGAAAGUCGCCUUAUUUUUCUCCUUGCUUUGUGUGCGUGUUGAGUCUCUUUGCCACAGAUUUCCCAACAGAGAAGCAACAUUUCCAGUUUUUUUUCUCUGAUGUGAAAUUGCAGAGGUGGCUUCAGACCUAAGGUCUUUGAGAAGUGAAAGAUGCCUGCUGCAUAUUACUAUUUUUUGUUAGAUUCAAUCCCCCAGCAUCUGGGUUAGUUUAUUCCAGUUUUUCUUCUUGAUUUAUCUCAUUACUUCAGGGCUAAAGUUCUUUUUUCUUCUUCUUUUUUUUGCUUUGUCCUGACUUUUGUAGAGGAGGGUUAGAGAGGCUGGUUGUUUUGUUUUUUUAAGCUGGUAGGUUGGGCUGGAAACACUUCAUUAGCCUAAUUAGGACUGCAAUUAGUAUAAUUGAUAACUAUUUUUUCAACUAGGAAUGGUGCUUAAAGCCCUAAGGAAGGCCCCUUUGAGGUGUCUCUGGAGGUCUCGGUUUGACUUUUUACCUGCAAGUAAAACAAGGCUUUGCAGAAGGGGACUUUGGAUCUGAAAGAAGUAGAAUUGCCUUGCUUUGCAUCCAGUUUGAUUUGUGUUUUGUUUCCUGAAAAAGGGGGAAAGCAUGCCAUCUUCCAGUGUGUUAAAAAAUAAAAUAAUCUCUGUGUUGUCAAAGGCUUUCAUGGCCAGAAUCACUGGGUUGCUGUGAGUUUUCCAAGCUGUAUGGCCAUGUUCCAGAAGCAUUCUCUCCUGACAUUUUGCCCACAUCUAUGGCAGGCAUCCUCAGAGGUUGUGAGGAAUAUUGGAAACUAGGCGAGGGUGGUCUAUAUAUCUGUGGAUAAUCCACCACCGACAUCAAAAGAGCUGCAAGGCCAAGAAUAAGCCAUGAGAGUAAAGACAAAGAUCCACCCAGAGGAAAAGUGUUCUUACCAUACAUCAAGGGAACCACUGACCAUAUAGGGAAGCUGAUGAAGAUACAAAACCUACAAACUUUCUACAGACCCACUAAGAAAAUCCAACAAAUGCAAAGGACAAAGAGGGAUCCUCUCACCUCUGCAGGAGUCUACCAUACACCCAUGCAGCUGUGGACCACCAAAUGCAGCAUUGCCCAAACAUGAAUCAAAGAACAUGAAAGGCACUUCAGACUAACUCAACCAGAGAAGUCAACCAUAGUAGAGCACUUGAUGAACCAACCUGGACACAGCAUAUUAUUUGAGAACACGGAAAUGCUGGACCACUCUCACAACCACCAUGUCUGACUACACAGAAAAGCCAUUGAAAUCCACAAGCAUGUGGACAAUUCCAACCAAAAGGAGGAAACCAUGAAAAUGAACCAACUUUGGCUACCUUUAAAAAAAAAACCUCUAAAAUCAGGACAGUAAAUAAAGAACAACAUCGUGAAAACAGGGAAAUUCCAAACAAGAAACCAUCAAGAGCUGCUAACACCUCCCAACAAAGGAUUUCCCCAAGCAGGAAUCAGUCAGGUCUUGAAGCUGCAAGGCCUUUCAGUCCUAAUAGGGUGAUUAAUUGUGACAUCCACACUUGUCUCCAAGAGACAAGAGUUCUUUUUCCCACCCUAGACAUUCUGCAGUGUCUUGCCUUGUUUCCAAUAUGCCUCACAAUCUCUGAGGAUGCCUGCCAUAGAUGUGGGUGUAACGUCAGGAGAGAAUGCUUCUAGAACAUGAGCAUACAGUCUGGGAAAACUCACAACAACCCAGUCUGAUAUGUAUUUUGUUUUCUGUAAAAGGGGGAAAGCAUGCCAUAUUCCAGUGUGUUACAAACUAAAAUAAUCUCUCUCCCAUGGUAUUGUGAGAAUGGCCUAUGAGAAGGAGGGGUGGGGGUGGGGAAGAGCUAAAAUCCAUUAACACUAAUAAAAGGGGACAGGCAGUUUCAUCCCACUUACAUUAAUGCAGGCUACCAUAUGCAUCUUGCAAAUCCUUAAAAGAGCCUUUAAUAUAAUGAAUAUUAGAGGUUGUGUGUGCAUGCAUGUGACUAUAUAUGUGCAGACAAGAUGCUGGGACGACCUUCAUGGCUUGUCUAUUUAGCAGCAAAGAAGGGAGAUGUUCAACGGGUGAAACUGCCUUCCCCAUGCCUUCAUGUUACUUGGGGAACUGGGGGAGAAAAGCAAAGAAAAGCAGGCCUUGGGACCCUUUAGGAUAAUGAAAGUAGGCUAAGAUCCAAACUGAUGGCCCUCAGAUGCAGGGAAAUCGCCUUUGCUCUAUACCUCCCUAUCAUUUAAUGUUGUUUGUGGGGAUUGGGGGAGAAAAGCACCCCCUUCCCAAGAGAAACCUGAUCUUGGGGUGCUUUUAUGAAAAUGUAGGUGGUCUUGGGGUGCUUUUAUGAAAGUGUAGGUGGGCUAAGAUCUAAACUGAUGGCCCCAGAUGAAGGGAAAUGGCCUUUGCCUCCCUAUCAUUUAAUGUUGUUUGUGGGGGUUGGGGGAGAAAAGCACCCCCUUCCCAAGAGAAACCUGAUCUUGGGGUGCUUUUAUGAAAAUGUAGGUGGUCUUGGGGUGCUUUUAUGAAAGUGUAGGUGGGCUAAGAUCUAAACUGUUGGCCCCAGAUGCAGGGAAAUGGCCUUUGCUCUAUACCUCCCCAUCAUUUAAUGUUGUUUGUGGGGGUUGGGGGAGAAAAGCACCCUCUUCCCAAGAGAAACUUGGUCUUUGGAUGCUUUUAGGUGGGCAAAGAUCCAAACUGAUGGCCCCAAAUGCAGGGAAAUUAUCUUUGCUCUGUACCACCCAAUCUCUUAAUGUUAUUUGAGAAGGUUAUGAGAGAAAAGCACUCCCUUCCCAAGAGAAACCUGGUCUUGGGGUGCUUUUAUGAAAGUGUAGGUGGGCUAAGAUCUAAACUGAUGGCCUCAGAUGCAAGGAAAUGGCCUUUGCCCUAUACCUCCCUAUCAUUUAAUGUUGUUCGUGGUGGUUGGGGGAGAAAAGCACCCUCUUCCCAAGAGAAACUUGGUCUUUGGAUGCUUUUAGGUGGGCAAAGAUCCAAACUGAUGGCCCCAGAUGCAGGGAAAUUAUCUUUGCUCUGUACCACCCAAUCUCUUAAUGUUAUUUGAAAAGGUUAUGAGAUAAAAGCACUCCCUUCCCAAGAGAACCCUGGUCUUGGGGUGCUUUUAUGAAAAUGUAGGUGGGCAAAGAUCCAAACAAAGAUCCCCAGAUGCAGGGAAAUCGCCUUUGCUCUAUAUCUCCCUGACAUUUAAUGUUGUUGGUGGGGGUGGGGUGGAGAAUAAGCACCCCUCCCCCCAAAACAGCUGCCCUUGGAAUCUGCUAAUGAGGAUUUGUGUGGACUAAGAUCCAGCCUGAUGACGCCCAGAAGGACACUGCUGGAGGUGCAAAGGGAGGCUGGUGCUUCUCUGAAGUGGGAAGAGAGGGAGAGACAGACACAGAGAGAUGCACUUGAUAGCUCUUCCGACUGAGAAGGGCAGGCUCUUAGCGCCUGCUUUGGAGGGUCGCUUCUGCCUGUUUAAAAAACCCUGCCAGGCUCUCUCUCUCUCUCUCUUUCCUUCCUCAUUUCCUCCCUCCAGCCCGCCUUCGCUUGCCCUGGCCACCCGUCUUGCCUGCCUCCCGCUUCGGAUGCCCUCUGCUUAGAGAGGAUGUCGAGAGCUUGGCUCUUCCCCUCCCUCUCCCUCUCCCACACCCGCUCUCUCGCCUUUCUCAUUUUUAUCCACGCCAGCCCUCAUUUGCAUGUGUUUAGCACUCCGAUUGCCCCUUCUCUCCCUUGGCAUUUGUCAGCCCUGCCCUCCCCUCCCUCGUUAUUCCCGGCGAUUAAAGCGUUUACUGGGGGAGCGGAGGGAGGGAGGGAAGGCGGGAGGAGGGGGAGGGGAGAGAGGGAAAGAGGGAGGGAAAGAGGGAGCCGAGAAGAAGAAGGGGCAGAAGAGGAGGCGGAGGAGGAUCCUCGGUGGCGGCGGCCGGAUCAUGUCUUCAUUGAUUGUUAUGCAAACGAGCUGCUGCUUGGGUGACUGAUGAGCAUCUCGCUUCGCCUGCGCGGAGCGUGGACGAGGAGGAGGAGGAUGCUUCCGGAGGAUCCCUGGGCGUCUGGAGCGAUGAGUUCCCCGCGAGAGGAUUAACGGGCGGCGCGGCCCCGCGCCCGCUCCCUCCCCUUCUCUCCCCGCCGCCCCUGGGCGCCCCCCCGCGGCCCCCGUGGCCCUCCUCGGGGCCCUGCCCUUCCCCUUCCUCCCCCCUUCCUCCUCCUCCUCCUCCUCCUCGGCCCCCUUCCCCGCCAUGAACAGCAACGUCUGCGUGGAGCCGGGCCCCAACCCGGAGGCGCCGGGAGGGCUGCCCAAGGAGAGCCACCUGCCCGAGGCGGCGCUCAACAGCCUGGCGGAUUACAACUCGGAGAUGGAGCGCUACCGCUCCUUCGCCACCUCCUUCUACAAGGCCAACGGAGGCGCCUUUCCCGCGGCGGCCGCGGCGGCCAAGAUCGCCCGCAUCACCACCCCCAUCUUCCCCUCGGCCGCCGUCUCCGCCGCCGCCGCCGCCCGCAUCGGGAUGUCGCCCUGGAACUGCGACUCCGCCACCGCCGCCGUCGCCAACGCCAUGCUGUGGGGCAGCAGCGGGGCCGGGGGAGGCGGCGCGGGCGUCGGGGGGCCCAACCCUGCCUCGGUCGCCGCCGGAGGAGCCGGAGGAGCGGGCGGGAACGGAGGAGGCGGCGGCGGCGGCGCGGGGCUCGUAGCUAGAAAGGCCGCCGCCGUGGCUGGAGCCUCCGCCGCCGCGCCGGGAUCCUCGUUACACGCCAACCGGAGCAGCCUGCACCACCGGAGCGACUCCCAGCGGCUCGGGAAGCCCCCCGAGCAGCAGCAGCAGCAACCGCAGCCUCCUCCUCCUCCGCCGCCGCUGCAGAUGGCCAACAACAACUUCCUCUCGUCGCUGGGCCCCGAGCAUUGCAGGCCGCUGUCCGGCGAGUGCAUGAACAAGCUCAAGUGCGGCGCCUCCGAGGCCGAGAUUAUGAACCUGCCGGAGCGUGUGGGCGCCUUCCCGGCCAUCCCGGCGCUCGGCGGGCUUUCCUUGCCGCCGGGAGUCAUCGUCAUGACGGCGCUCCACUCGCCCGCCGCCGCCUCCGCCGCCGUCACAGACAGCGCCUUCCAGAUCGCCAACCUGGCGGACUGCCCGCAGAGCCACGCCGCCGCCUCCUCCUCCUCGGCCUCUUCGUCCGCCUUGGGAGCCGCCUCCGCCUCCGCCGCCGCCGUGGUUGCCGGGGGAGGAGGCGGAGGAGGAGGGGGCGGCGGCGGCUCGGGGGGCGGCGCAGGGUCCGGCAACCCGGCCAAGAAGAAGCGGAAGCGGUGCGGCGUGUGCGUGCCUUGCAAGCGGCUCAUCAACUGCGGCGUCUGCAGCAGCUGCAGGAACCGCAAAACGGGACACCAGAUCUGCAAGUUUAGGAAGUGCGAGGAGCUCAAGAAAAAACCUGGCACGUCGCUCGAGCUUGUGCAGCCUGAGGAUGUGGGCAGGAUUCUUGGAAGUGUGAGGCCGGCGAUCUGUGCACUUGAUCCUUACUCAUCUUGGCUAGUUAAGGAGGAGGACAGAGGAGGACAGGCUGAGUGGAUGGAGCAGGUGAUUAAUGCUUCCCUGAGAGACAGAGCUGUGCCACCUAUUUCAAAGUCACAGUGAUUAGUUCACACUAGAUUCUACUAUCCUUGGUAAUUAUUGUUCAUUGUCCAGUAUUCUUGGAUGAGUUGCUUUGCUGUAAUCCCAGAAUUCCCUGGAUAAGGCAUGCCAGACAGAUUUCAAUCUGGCUUUCAUCUCAUGAAAUGGCCUUGUUCAUGCUGUUGGAUGAUCUGCAUUGGGAGCUGGACAGAUGGAGAGCUUCUCUAUUACUUCUGCAUUACUUCUGCUGCACCUUCUCGGCUGUGCUUUGAUACCAUCAACCAUGAUAUCCUCCUGGAUUGUUUCGCUAAAUUUGGGGAGACCAUAUUCCAGUGACAGUAGUCUUUGCUGUUGAAGAGUGUCCAGAAGGAGAACAACAGCCCAUUGCUUUGGCGCCUGAAAGGGUUCUAUUUGGAGAAACUGUACAGACUAUAAUAAAUAUGCAAAUGCCACUCAACUCUACAUCUCCUCCCUAUCUCAGUCCAGGUUAUGAAUCACUUUUUAGAGGUCAGUGAUGGGCUGGAUGUGGGAGAACAUUAUUAAUUUGGUCCUAGUAAAAUAGAGCAGCUCUUAGUUAAGAUGUCUACACAGGAUAUCUUAUCUGGAAGGGGUUGCACUCCCCUCAGCUUAGAAAUGCUCCUGAAUCUGGCAUUAUCCCUGGAUAGCCACAUGUUGGCUCCACCUCAGAGUUAUUUUUCCCAGCAUAGGUUGAUGUGCCUGCCUACUGUGUCAGUUUCUGUGAAGAGCAGACCUGGUCAUACGCAUGUAUGGCUUAGACUGAAACUAAAUUGCUGUAACAUGUUGUGUGUGGAGCUCUCUUUGAAGACUGAAAAUUUCAUCUAGUAAAGAAGUGUUGCUCUAAGAACCCUGAUUGAAGUCAAUUUUUUGAAGCAUGUUACUCCAUUGUUUUACCAUCCACACUGGCUACAAAUUUGUUUCAGCUGCAAGUGCUGGCAAUCCAUUGUAAAGUCUUUAGAGUAUUAUGAGUAGAAUAGCCAAUGGAUCCCCACGAACUCUCUCAUACACAUACACACACCUGUUACCUGUUAAGGUAAUCUGAUAGGCCCCUCUGUUCUUUCCUCUGUAAUAUUAUUGGGAUAUACAAAAGGGCCUUACCUGUUGGUGGCACUCAGAAUAUGGAACUCCCUACUCCAGAAAGUUUUUUUUUAUCUGUUCCCAGGGCCGUUGAAGAUUGGGGGAUAUUUUUUUCAACAUGUUUUAAUGUAUUUGCUUUAUUGAUGCUUUUUAUGUCUUUAUUUUCCACAAAAAAUGGUUUAAUCCACAGCUAUUAAAUAUUGCUUAUAUUAUUGAUGUUAUUGCUUUUUUGGACCAUUGAUUCAUUUUCUAUGUAUGCAUACCAACCAUGAAAGUGGAAAUGCAAGGAUUUAUUAAAGCACUCUCCUCCAACUUGAUGACCUCUAGAUUUGUUAAACUACGACUGCCAUAAUUCUCAUCCAUCACAGCCAUUCACCACAUGUGAUUAUUGUAAAAAUUGCAGUCUGACACAUCUGGAGGUCACCAGUUUGAGGGACAUUAUAUUAAAGGUUUUCUGUCCUAAUAUCCUACUUAUAAAAUCCAUGAUAUAUGUAUUUCAGAGCAAAGUGGGCAAUCUGUGUUUCUGAUAACACUCUAGAUGUAUUCAGACAUAAUUACAAAUGAAGGUUUGGUGGCAUUAUGUUAUUGUACUUAGAGAUGCCUUGAGAUGUGCACAUUUCUCUCCCUGCCACCUGCUCUCCCUUCCCCUGCAGUGAUUUCAUGCCUCUUAGUCCUCAUUUGUAGUUCUGCAAAAACUACCAAUCUGAUUGGAGUGAGCAGCAGGGCUGGGGAGCAAGGAAUUGCUGCACAGCAGUGUACUACUCCAAACUUUCUCCAACACUCUUUAAAACACCAAUCACAAUUUGGCAUUGUGUGCUUAUUUUAUCUAGGAGCAAUGUAAGUACAAAGCAGCUUCUCCUACAAAAGCAGCUGUACUCAAUAAAUAAUGAGUUCAUUGGGAGUUGCUCCCAGGUAAGUGUGUACAGGAUUGCAGCCUAGUUUGGGCCAAUUUAUAUAGUUUGGCCUUGGCACCAUCAAAAGACUACAGAGUUAGAGUUCAAGGAAUAGAGUUAAAGGAAUAGUUUUCCUCCCUCUAGUUAUUUGGACUAGUUUCACACAUCAUCUUAUGUUAAAUCAGUGGGUUUCAAUGUGUGGGUCUCCAGGUGUUUUGGUCUACAACUCCCAGAAAUUCCAGCCAGUUUACCAGCUGUUAGGAUUUUUGGGAGGUGAAGGCCAAAACAUCUGAGAACCCACAGGUUGAGAACCAUUGUGUUAAAUGGAACUAGAAGUUUUCCUUCGUGGCAUUGCAUACAAAGUAGCAGAAAUCCUUGAAUACUUACAAAGAAAAAAACUUAAUGUAAAGCAUGAUGUAAAUGUAUGCAAAUUCAGGGUUGCUGUGAGUAAUGAGCAGAAGUAAGUUAUGUGUUGGCUGUAUAAUGUGUGUAUGUAUAAUGGCAUGGCUGAAAUCCUUACUUUUCACAGUCUCAGAUAAAUCCAAACGUCCCAACAUUUCAAAGAUGAAAAUUGGGAGCUGCAUGUCCAAGUAACAUUAGACUGUGAUCAAAAUGGCAAACCUUAUUAAAUGAGGACAAACAGAUGAGCUAGGAGAGGUUGUAGUAGUUUGCUUUUACCUGAUGCUAUUACGAAGGGCAAAAUUCAAUUUCUCCGCUCCCCACUGGUGAGUUAACUGCAUGCAAAGUGCUUUUGGAUUCUGGACUUGGCAGCAACUGAAAUUAGAUUACGACAAAGGAGAAAAAUGAGAGGAGGAGAAAGAAACUAGAACAUUUUAAAAGUACAUGGUUCAAGAGAGAUAAUUGGGACUGUCCCUACUGUAUUGAGAUACUUAGAGGGUAUGUAAAGCUAGGUAUUUAUGCAUAUAGAAGAAUGAGAGUAUAGAAUUAUCUUGAAACCAAUUCUAGUGGAAGACAACACUUUUGACUAUAACCUUUAAAUUCCUACAAACAAGAAUACCAUCAUGGAGAAAUCUAGUUCAAAUAGUUUCCUGAUGUUCUCUUGGCAGAUAAGGGCGAUAGUGAUAAUGAUGAUGAUUUUGUAAAUGGAGAUGGAUAUUAGACCAAAAGAGGUGAUACAUACACAUCCCUCUGCAAUGCAAAGUUCAAGUAGUAGACUAUGCCUGAGGGCCUUUUACAUCACACAAUUUUAGUACUAUGGCUUCACUUUAACUGCUGUAGCAAAACUUCAUUGAAUUCUGGGAUCUACAGUUUAGGGAAAGGUACCAAGAAUUCUCAGUUGGAGUCCUGUCAUUCUUCACUGAAUUACAAACAUAGUCUGUUGCCAUGGCAGUUAAAGUGGAACCAUAGGACUAUAAUUGUCUCAUUGUACUACUACUGAAUCUCAUGUUGAGCCCAAUAAGUUGCAAUGGUUUGUUUCAUUUAAAGGAUUUGUAGAAGAAUGAUUUCUUUUGUCCAGAUACAUUUUUUUAUGUAGCAGAAGCACCAUCCUGCCAAAAUGCUUUCUUCCACACAGAUAUUAGAUAUAGGAUACAUGUUACUCACAAUUGUACAUGGGGAAAUGUGUGUAUUUUCAAGUGCUAUACAUGCAAUAUAAAAACAUAUGUAAUGCUCUGCCUCAGGAUGAUAAAAUAAAUUUGACUACUUAUGAAAAUUAAGGCUGGGAGAGAAGGGGGUGUAGAGAAGAGGGGCGGGUACCAUCUCCAUUGUAUUUAAGACAAUAAAAUCACCCUUAUCUUUUUUAAAUCAUGUUUUCUGUUGUGCUCCUUCCAAAUAAAGGUUUAUCUAAAAUCAAAUAAAACAGAAUGAGAGAAUUAAGAAGCAGCAAAAGAAAGAAAAAUGCUAAACAAUCAUUUCCCAGACCAAUUUUCCUAGUAACGUUUUGUUUGAGGAAUUAACUAUCUCCAAAUAUAACUCAGUGAACCAGACUAACUUUUUUUAUCCAUGUUGACUUUGGGAGAAACUCCUGGCUCUUGUUCACCUAACAAGAGGCAGGAGGCUCCAACUGAGAAAAUUCCGCCUCCCAAAAUGAAAUUAUCACCCAGUUUCCAAAUUUUCUAGCAUUAUAGAAACUGAGAAAUCUUUCACAUUCCCUUGGCAAUGUUGUUUGCCCUUUUUCUAGGACACCUAAGGUGUCAACAGAUGUCAACAGAUGUUUGGACACUACCUGAUCAUCAAGAAUAAAGGGGAGAAGGUUCAGAAAUUGGGAAGGACUACUCUUUCUGCUGUUGCUUGACAACAGUAUUAUUUCUUGUGGAUGUGCAGGUCAGAAAGCUUGCAUAUAUGACUUCCCUGGCUAGAGGAAAUGGGAAUGACUAGAACACGGGGGUUCCUUAUACUAGCCUCUAAAAUGUUCCUAUACACUAGAAUCCUAGAAUAAUAGAGUUGGAAGAGACCACAUGGUCUCAAGCACAAUGAAAGUACCCCUGACAGAUGGCUAUCCAACCUCUGUUUAAAAGCUUUCAAGGAAGGAGCUUCCACCACACCCCAAGGCAGAGAGUUCCACUGCUGAAUAGCUCUUACAGUCAGGAACUUCAUCCUAAUGUUGAGGUGGAAUUCCUUUUCUGUAAUUUGAAACCAUUGCUCUAAGUCCUAGUUUCCAGGGCUGCAGAAAACAAGCCUGCUCCCUUUUCCUCUUGGCAUCCUUUUACAUAUUUAUACAUGGCUAUCAUAUCUCAUCUCAGCCUUCUCUUCUCAGACUAAACACACCCAGUUCUAUAAGACUCAUCUCCAGACAUGGUCUCCAGACAUUUGAUCAGUUUAGCUGCCCUCCUCUGGAUGCCUUCCAGCGGUAUAUCAUUUCUCUUUCCUAUAGCCAGCUUUUAGAAGCAUUCCCCAGAAACUGAGUUUGAGAUUUGAAAACACAAUGACAGCAAAAGGAAUAGACACUCACCACUGACUUAGCAUUUGUAUUAUUUAAAAGAAGGAUGUAAAUCUUCAGUAUGUAUGGAGGCUAAUUUUCGGCUUAUGGGCCUAUCGUGGGCACACACAAGCUUCCAAAAAUACCAAAAAAAGUUAAAGAACUCUUAAAGUUGUUGAAAAUUUACUUCUGGAGUUGGAAAAUGGCUAUUAAUGUAAUGUUCCAUUCAGGAGAUUAAAAUAGUUUAUCACAAAAACUUGGAAGACUCCAAGAGGGAAAACUGACCCCAAAGUUGUUUUACAUUACUGCCUGCUCACUCUUCUAUACAUUUUCUGACAAAAAAUGUACAGAACACAAGCAUUGGGGGGGGGGGGGGAGUGGGAUACAAAACCAAACCAAACAUAAUGGAAAAAAAAAAAACAGACUUGGGCCCAAUCUGGUCCUGAUUUUUCCACCCUUCAUUGAAACAAUCCCCCCCUCCCCCGCACGCACACACACCUGCAGCCAGAAAAUAUCUCUGAGUAAUUUACAUAUCAGCCUAAACACCUUGUUAGUCACUUUUAAAAAGCUCUGUUUUUCCCACUGUCAUUGUCUCCUCAAAACUGUGUCACAUCCAAAACUAGUUUUUUUAAAAAGAAAUCAAAGUGAACCUCUUAAGCUUGAAAGUCUAACUAUCCUACUGUACCCAUGGAAGCACAUAAUGCAAUUAUGGGGUAGGACUAAAAUAUCAGCCGUACUGUAAUGAGAUACCGAACUUGGAUGAGCCCUGAAACUGAGCAGGAAGGCAAACAGAGAACAAACAGUAUAUUUGGCCCAAGGAUCCAACAGAACUCCGCACUGCUUUCAGACCAACCUACUCACAGCACUGGUUAAGGUUGAUAAAGUUUAUUUGGAGCAUCAUCACUUUAUGGAAUUCUAGAGUUAUCUGAGAUCUAUGUGACCAGGACAGCAUGUAGUUAGAGCUUGUUAGUUGUUUAAGAGGAUGUUCUCAGUGUCUGGCACUGUAUGUAACUUUAAUGUCUGGUUGUUGGCCCUGGACAUGUAAUAUUGCAACUAUAGCAUUUUAAGCAUAGCAUAUAUAGAAUAAUAAUAAUAAUAUUAAUAAACUUUAUUUAUACCCCGCCACCACCUCCCCAAUGGGGACUCGGGGUGGCUUACAUGGGGCCAUGCCCAGAACAAUACAAUAUAACAAAAUAUAAUAGAACAACAAUAGAAGAACUCAAUACCAUGGGGAAACACCAGCUAUUGUCAAAAUGAAGUUGAUCAGACUCACUAAAACAGAUUAGCAUACAGUUGAAUCUUUAAUUCUUAUUUCCUGCCAAAAUAAUUUUAGCAACAGUUCUAUGGACACACUUGCCUGGAAGCAAAUCCAGUUGAACAUAGUGAUUUUAACUCAUGAGUGGACAUGUGCAGGCUUCAAUUGUUAGUUCUCAAGGUGCCACAAAAUUCUUUGUUGUUUUAAUUACCACUUUGUUUUUUGUUAGAAAUAUUUUCUUUGCUUUGUUUUUUAAUGCCAAAUGUGUGCUUCUUGACUAAAAAUAAAUGCGAGUAAGCGCCAUACACAUUUACUAAGUGGUUGAUAGGCAGGUGAUAUCCGUUGGUGGAACAUUUGCUCUGAUUGUUAGUGAUUCACUUAAGGACUGUUUUAAAAUCUAAAUCAGGACUUUUGAUUGCAAAAAGCACAGUUUCUAUGCUGAAGACAUUUUCCUUUAAAGUUCCAAAAGGUGCUGCAAUACUGCUAUGUUAACUUAAGGUUGCAAUCCUACAAAUACUUGUCUGGGAGUAAGCUCCAUUGAACUCAGUAGUACUUGCUUCUGAGUAGAUUGGCACUUGCACUAUAAAAGUACAACUGAUAUAUAAAGGAGUAGCAGAAUUAAAACAUUAAUAAAGAAAAAGAAAUCUUUCAGUACAAUGGAAAGAAAGCUUAACUUGUUUUCUUGCUUUUUUUUAUAGAGAACACCUGUUCCCAGCGCCGAAGCAUUCCGAUGGUUCUUUUAAGCAGUAGUAUAUCUUAUUUUCAAGGCAGCCUGAAGUCUUGUUUUAAGAAACUGCUUAGUCCACCACUGGAGAAUAUAUUCAGAUCCUAUUUUCAUUUAUGUAUAGGGGUUUCCUCAAAAAAGAAAAAAACCCAAACAGACAACAAAUUAUGAAGUAGAGUGGUCUCCAGGUAAGAUGGGGAAAAGGAGCUUUGGAAGCUUUGGAGAACAGAAUAUGAGAUACAAAAGAACAUUCCCUUCCCUGCAGAAAUGCCUGAACAUAAGAUAGUACUGUUUUACCUCUUUUUCCAUCAUGUUUACUGUCUUCACUUUUAUAUGAAUGCUGUGUCCCUUCCAUGCAUUAGUUUUUGUUUUCUUAUGUUGUCAUGCUGUUCAGAGAACCCUCUUGCAGUCAUUUCACCCUUCCUCUCUCAAAUGACUCAACUGCAUUAUUUGCAUUUGGUUCCAGUGUUAACUGUUGCCCAUUGCUUUCCUCUCUAAAGGCCCUCUUAAUAAGAAAACACUCCACAGAAGAGAACAUUCACCAGCUUUGUGAGGGCCACUCUCUUAUCAGGAGACCACCAUAUCUGGGACCCUGGGAAAUUGGCCAAUUUACUCACAUUCAGUACACCCAAAUUCUUUUUUGAUGUAAUUUAGCUAUACUAGUGAAGUUGUUGUCUAUUUUUAAAGUGGCUGUAAAAAAAGUUUGGGUAAACCCCUGCUAUAAAAUAAUGUAUCUUUACAAAGUACCAUAUCUAUACUUCAUUUGCCAAUAUAUGUGUUUCAGUACUGUAAACUGUACAGAUAGCAGCUUGUAUUUUAUGUGUUUAGACACAAAGAGACAAUCACAUCUGAGCAUCUAUGGAGAUUAACUGUUUGUACACAACCAUGUGGUUCUGCAAAUUCAACCCGGAGCAAUAAAUCCAAGCUUUAAGUAUUAUUUUUGCCAGUUGUCCAAUAACGGCAGUAGCAGAGGCAGCACUAUUGUUGUUGGGUUGUGUUUUUUUAAUAAACCAUGUGCUUCUCCAUUGAUUCCUAAUGCAAAAUUGGAAUGGAGUAAAGAUAAUGAUGAAUCCACCUGAUAUCUUCAGACCAUACUGUUGUAUAGAAGGAAAGACACAUGAUGUAAGAAUUAAUCUUCAUGAGCACUAUAUUAGAGCAGAGAUGCUACACUUGCAUUGCUUCUGAAAGAGCUUUACUGCAACAUCCACUUGUCAGUUAAUUGGUUUUGUAUUCCACCACAAAAUUGAGUUUACAUUAUCAAUUGAUAUCCAAAAUUAAUGUUACACAGAGUUAUUUCCAAAUUGUUUUAAGAUAUUAAGUCAAAACAGGCAAUGUCUUGAAAGGAGCAGGAAUAUAUCACUCCAUAUAUUUACCUUCCAGUGAAAAGUUGCUUUACUGGGAGAGUGAGAAUGCUUUACACAGUAUCUCAAAACUAUUUUGCUCCAUGUGCAAUUUUAGUUCUUAGACUAUUUUGCAAAUUUAGAUGAAAUUUCAUAAUCUCUGCAAUCUUCUCUCCUACAUCACAAGAUUCUGAUCUCUUGUAAGAUUUUCACAAAUGUUAGCACUUUUAAUAAAAAAUGAAAGAUAGAAAAUGAGUUAUUACUACAGUUGGUCCUCCACAUUUGCAGGUUUAACUUUUGUAAAUCCGAUUAUUGGCAGAUUUGAUUUAUAUGCUCUUCUCCAGACAUCUCAGGGCCCUUCAGGACAACUCUAUGAUCAAUUUCAGCUCGAAAUUGACCACAGAGUCAUGCUGGAAGGUCUAGAGCAGAGGUUCUCAACCUGGUGUCCCCAGAUGUUUUUGGCCUACAACUCCCAGAAAUCCCAGCCAGUUUACCAGCUGUUGGGAUUUCUGGGAGUUGAAGGCCAAAAACAUCUUGGGAUGUCAGGUUGAGAACGACUGGUUAGAGAUUUCUAGAAAGAAGCUGUCUCUUGGAUCUUUACAUCCUGCAGAGUGAUCCUAUAGGCAAUUUCCCAUGGAAAUUGACCACAUAGUGGCUGUGAAAGACCUGAGAUGUUGUUUCAAAAUUUUUUAAUGGUGGUUUUUUAAAUUAUAGUUUUUCCACUUUCAUAAGGUCCUGCAUCCCUAACCCUCGCCAAAAUGGAGGGCCUAAUGUAUUAUGAUUUACCCUGCUUGGUUUCCUUAUACUGGUCCCAUUCACAAUAGGUGGAAUUCUCCAAUUCAUUCACUUUCCUGCUCAGGCUGUUCUUAAAACCAAUCAGAAAUGAAACAAGGUAGGAUAGUACAUUUCAAACCAUAUCAAGGUAACAUAUCUGUAGCCAUCUUGUUAGAAAGCAGAACAUUGUGCACUUCAAAGAAGAUAACAAAAAAAAUAGAUGGAGAAGAAAAAUAUGUGGGGUGGGGAAGGUGUUUAGGGAUGUGCACAGCCCCAAUUGUGCUAAAGACAGCAUGGAUGUGGAAUGUGAGAGAGCCAUCUUGGCAUCCUGCAAACUUCAGCCAAAUCAUCAUGCUUGCAUAUUGUAAUUAAAAAUAGCUUUCCUUAGUGCACAAAGUGUCUGGGUGACCACUGAAAACAUGCUGGAAGUUUGUAAAGCUUUGUAAGCCAGAGGCUGGUUGUAUGGGCUUCUAGUUCUUCUAGUAUGAAUGGAUAGUCUAAUUUUUAUAUUUUGGCAAAUCUUAUACUCCAGCAUACAUUCCAUAACCAAAGAUGCAUAUUUGAGAUCCCAUAACAUAGAUGGAUGACUUAUAUUUUGGCUUGAUAUCCUCACAAUUGUCCUGUUAUGCUAAAAAGAGUUAGUUUUCUGCCUCUGAGAUUCAUGUCUUGAGGUGAAGAUUCCCACCUACAUUUCAUUACAUGCAGAAUUUGUAUGAGAGAUACAUAUUUCUGGCUAACUUGUUUAAAGUACCAAUAUAUGCUAUUUUGCAUAUAUUAAUUGCUGAAUUUUGCAUUUUAUAAAAUUCUUUCCUCAUCUUAACCUCCUCUACCCAAAUUUCAAAACAGCCAAAACAUACUGGCCGUUCCACUUUAGGAAGAUAGGCAUUCAAAUAUAUGUGAAAUAGACUGAUUUCACAUUGUUUAUUCCUAUAUAGCAGAAGACGUUGCCACAAAAAUGGGGAUUUCAUGUGCAGAAUUCUAAUGCCCGGACAGGCACAAUAAUAGGAAAACUAGUCAGAGCAUUUUCUCCGGAAUGUUAUCUCAAUUUGUUUUGUUUCCUUUCUUUUCAUUCUAUCAGCGAGAAAAUUCAUAAGCCUGAAGAGUAUUAGGUGUUUUGGACAGUAGCAAAGUGUUAUGAUUUAAGAUAAGGAGAAAAGGCCAUCAAUAUGAAUCAUUUCCUUUCUCUAACCUGUUUCCGGCUGCCUUUAAAAGCAAAUGUUUUGUUCCUGGAUUUUAAUUGUUGGUUUCUAUCAAUUUUAUGGCAACAUAAGCUCUUCAAGUAACAUUUGCAAGGUAACAACAACAAAGUAAAUCAGUUCUCGCACACCACUCAGCAAGGAUAUGAUAGAUAAUGCAAAGAAAAUGAAACCUACUUGCCGUAUAUGCUCAUGUAUAAGUUGACUUCAUCUAUCAGUUGAGGACAUGUUUGGGGGCCAAAAUUAGGGAUUGCUGUUUGACCCAUGGAUAAGUUGUGUGGGUCAUUCAAAGGAGAGAAGAAAGCACAAAUGCCACCUCGGGGGGCCAGACAUGCCAUUUCCCCAUCCAGUUAUUCAAAACGUCCAGAAGUGGUAUCACAGUGGAGAAAGUAGACGGGGAAGUUGAUGGUUCUUUUAGGUCAGAUGGACUAAGUUUCUGACUUUUCACCAUUGUACUCAGAGAAGGAGGUGGUUUCUUUUUUGAUAAGGGUAUUCUCAUUAACCCAAGUACAUCAACCCAAGUUUUUUGAGUUGGCUUUUUAACUAAGAUUUAUAGACUUAUACAUGAGGCUAUAGGGCAUGUCUUACUGAAAUCAAGAGAAUGUUAGGUAAGGUAAAUGUUUCCCCUGACAUUAAGUCCAGUCGUGUCUGACUGGGGGUUGGUGCUCAUCUCCAUUUCUAAGCCGAAGAGCCAGCGUUAUCCGUAGACAUCUCCAAGGUCAUGUGGCCGGCAUGACUGCAUGGAACACCGUUACCUUCCCACCGGAGUGGUACCUAUUGAUCUACUCACAUUUGCAUGUUUUUGAACUGCCAGGUUGGCAAAAGCUGGAGCUAACUGCGGGCACUCACUCCGCUCCCCAGAUUUGAACCUGGGACCUUUCGGUCUGCAAGUUCAGCAGUUCAGCGCUUUAACACACUUCGCCACCGGAGAAUGUUAAAGUGAUUAAAACAGCAAUCCUAAGGGUAAGGACACCAUAGAUGAAGCAUAUCCCCAUUGGGUUAUUACAAGAUAGACAGAAGAAUAGGUAGAACUAAUUCAAUCCUUUCCUGGAUCUUAGGUUUUAAGCAACCCCAGUAAAUCUGGAAAGGAGUUAAGAUACAGUGUAAAGAGAGACUAAGAAUGCAAAGUUUUGCUUAUUUUAUUUUUGCAUGUACAAAAAAUUGCAAAAGUAUUCUCCCUUCUGGACCAGAUUACAAGACAUUUUCUGCAUGUUGAAUAAUUUCUUCACACUUGUGAAAUAUUAAUUUGUGCCAAAAAGUAGAAAUUAGUGGGUGGCUUUUCCUUCAGAAAAGUAUUUUGGUUAAAAAACAAACCAAAAAAGCCCUGUCUUUUUGUAGCCAAACUGGAUUUUGGAGCUCCCCCCCCCCCCCCCCCACACACACAUUUUCCCCUCAACAGUAGGAAUUUUGUCCAAACUUUUUUAAAAAGCCGAAAAGCAUUUUCUCAAUAUGCUUUUCUUAUCAGCAUGGGAAUAAGUAUAUUUGUUAACAUAUCUAGCCUGCCAUUCUGAUAUGCUGUGGUCCCAGGGAUAUAUUCCUUGGACUAUAGCAUUGCAGUCUAAAGGUUGCUUUUAAAAGACAUUGGUUUCUAUGAGAUUUGUGGUCUUAACUUUAUGAGGACCGAGUUUAGGCCAUUCUAGAUUAACUGAUCAGUUUUGUAAAUAUUUGGGACAUUCUCUGUGUGUUUCUAAUGGAAAUCCUGCAGAGAAAAUCUACAGUCUAUUUAUGGAGGGAUGAAAGAUAGUAGCAAUUCAAAGCAAGGUCUUAUGAAAAGUGAAUGAAUGUUCCCAUGUCCUAAUUGCAGAUUUCUACCUCUCAUGUGAGCUGCACCUUGUAUUUUUUUUUCAUAUGUACAGUACAUGCUCCAAUAUGUAAAGAACUGUGUAAAGAACCACGAAACAAGCAGACAGGAGAUAAUCAAUCAUUUUGAUCUGUUUGAGCCAGAAUAGUUAGGAGGAACAUGUGACAGCAGAUAUAGUACCAAGUUUUAUGACAAUAGGCUGCCGGUCUUUUCUACUGAUACAUAGUCCUGACCUACAUGUGCAUCCAUAGCUGUAGGAAGUAAAGCAACAUUUCUGUAUUGUUUUAUUCAUGGUUUUUUGAGACAGGUUUAAAGGUAAACACUGUGGCCAAAAUUCAGAUAUUAAUUUCAACAAGAAUAAGUCCAUCAAAUCAAUAGGAAGUAGAUCAAUCAAUUCACAGGGACUAAAAAUGAGUUUCAAUAUGUAAACUCCUAGGAAAUUAUCACAAGAUACUUUGAAGCUCUGCUAUCUGACUUUAAAUGUUAUGGCUGCUUCCUGUGUAAUUCCGGAGUUUGUAGCUUAGUGAGUUCCAGGACUGAAAAUGUUCAAGUCCCCUCCCUAAACUACAAAUGCCAGGAUUCCAGAGGAGAAUUUAAAGUAGAAUAGCAAAGAGUUGCUAUGUGAUAAUCUCCUAAUCUAGAAUCUAGAUCCAUGAUCUGAGGCCCUACAUCAAGCAGGCAGUAUAUACAGCAAUUCCAUGUCUACCUCCACAUAUGCCCUUUUCUGUGCACAAAAGGUUAUACUCUAUUUCUUUGUGUCCAUUUCACUCACUGCAGCUGGAAAACCCUAAAAAGGGACAUUGCUCUUACUAAUGGUGAAGGAACAUAAAGGCUUGCCUCAGCUUGUGAGUGCACUUGCAUUUCCCAUAGAGCUACGUUGUCUGAACUGGCUCCCGCAACCCUGGUUUCUUUUCUCACCUGUAAGCAGCAGGCAGCCACAAGACAGAACAAGGGCCCAUAGAACAGCAUCUUGCACUUCAUUCAGAAAGCAUAGACACAUACAAGCCCCACUUAUACAGGCAUGUUGAUAGUGUUUUGGCUGUGUUGUCUCUUUCUUAACCUAUGCUGAUGGUCCAGGAACACAAUCCAAAAUUUUACUGUCCAAAGAAGCUGACAUCUAAGGCCCCUUCCACAUAGCUGAAUAAAAUCCCACAUUUUCUGUGUUGUCAAAGACUUUCAUGGCCGGGAUCACAGGGUUGUUGUGUGUUUUCCGGGCUGUAUGGCCAUGUUCCAGAAGUAUUUUCUCCUGAUGUUUGUGAGGUAUAUAUACCUCACAACCUCUGAGGAUGCCUGCCAUAGAUGUGAGCGAAAUGUCAGGAGAGAAUACUUCUAUAACAUGGCCAUACAGCCCGAAAAACACACAACAACCCCACAUUUUCUACUUUGUAUUGGAAUACAUGGCAGUGUGGGCUCAGAUAACCCAGUUCAAAGCAGAUAUUGUGGGAUUUUCUGCCUUGAUAUUCUGGGUUAUAUGGCAGUCUGGAAGGAUCCCAAGAGGCACAUCCAACAUCUCCUGUAACAUCACGGGAGGUCUUUGUGGGCUUUUAUUUUUGGAAAAGCCAUUACUCUUGGACUAUAUGUAGCACUUCUUUCUGCUAGCUCUUAAUGGAUGGCAUGUGGUCAGCACAGGAAAGCAGGCUAUGCAAUGAAAUCGGGCUGGCUUUCCAAAGGCUUGAUCCUUGCUGGAGAACUCUCCCUGCAGUCCUGGUUCUGUGCCAUCCUGGAUAAGUUCCUUUCAUAUUCUGUACCUUAAUUGUUGAGCAAUUAAUUUGUACAUAGCAUAAUGUUUAAAUAACAAAUGGUUAUUUACCCAUUAUCCUCAUAAGCAAAUUUUUGAAGCCUUAUUUGUCCACCUGGCUGUUGAGCUUGCCUUGUUUGGAAGGAACUUUUGUGAUCACUCUUAACGAAAGCAGGCACAGAAGAAUUUACUUUAGGUGUACAAUUAUUCACAGUAAUAUACUUCCUGUCUAAUACCCUGAUGUUGCACAUGUCAAUGUCGGUUCAUUUCUGGAGUUUUGUUCUGGUUUGUUUGUUUGAUUUUAAGAGACCUAACAAAUUUGUAUAUUGUAAUUGUGAUGUUUUACAUGUCAGUCUCAAUUUUUGUUAAAAAAAAAUAACACACAUGAUAACGCUUAGUUUUUUAAGAAGGAAAACAUGAAUAUAUAUUAUUUUGAUUCCUGAAAUUAUUUUAAAAUGGUUUGAAGUAUAAUUCUACAACAUCAUGAAGCAUUUUCAUUUCAUGGACCCAAUAUUUGUACGUUGUAUUGCUAUAUUUAGAGUGUUUUAGUUAUUCGUGUUUUGAAGAAAGAAAUUUGUUUUCUGCUUUUUUAUCCUCUUUUCUCCCUGAUGUUCUAUCAAAAUUAUUUGUAAUAUAGAAUAUUGUUAGGAACUUAAAUCUAAUUUGUAUUUCCUCCUUCAAGACUGCAGCCCUGGGCACGCUUCUUGAAGCAAACUAUAGACCAGCCAGGGGAGCUUAUUUUCAAGUAGACUUAUAUAGGUUUGUGCUGGAAAUAAGAAAAGUUUCAUAAUAUGAACCACGCACAUAUCCGCACUCUCUGAUCUAGUAGUUUCUUGCCAGAGAAUUCCUUGAAUGGAGAAGUAACACCCACUUUGUGCCUGCCUCAUAUUAAACACAAGACUCAGAGUUAGGACAAAGGAGUGUAAUUUUAAUGUUUUUUUUUUAAAAAAACCGAGCACUUCAUAUGUCAAACCAAAUACAAUGUGAGUAUAUAUACCAUACCCCAGAUAAACCUGUUCAAUUAUAAAGCUGCAAGUGAAGCACAUGUAGAGAUUAAUAAUAGUAAACUCUGCAAGAGAAAAAGAAAUAUUCCCUUUUGUUCAGAAUCCCCUGGUAUGUAAAGUCAUACAAUUAACAGUAAAGCAUAUGAAGCCUUUAAACUGGCUAUGUCUGUAAUCAAAUAAUGGGAGGAAAAGACGAAGAAGAAAGUAAUUAAAUGAACACACCAUUCAGGGUCGACUACAUCCAGCAAAAAGCAGUGGUAGGUCUUUGAUCAUGGUUGGUUGCAUAGUGAUAUCAAACGGUUGGUUCCCAUGUAACAGCUAAAUGUUUCAGAUUUUGUUUUUAUUAAAUUUGGCAGUUUCACACUGGGAUCUGCUGAUUCCUGGCAUGAAAGAGACAGCUCAAAUAUGAGAAAACAUUCCAUUUUCACAGUUGCAGGGAGUUGGGAUUACCUCUUCUCCAUCCCAAAAUAUGGGCCACAGCAAUGUACUCUUUUCACACUGUUCUAUUUCUGAACUGUGCAGUUAUCUAUUACAUUUUCUAAUAGAUUUUUUUGUGUAAAAUGUAUGUAUGCUUGUGCAAUUAUGAGGGGAAAAGCAGUUUUGGAAAAUGGUGUGUUUAUUUCAAAUCACUUAUGGGGCAUGUACAAAACUGUAUAAAAAACCAUUCAGUUUGCCCAGUAAAGUUGUUUUUGUGAUAUUUCUGUGUUGUUGAAUAAAGGAAUUUAGUACUCUACAGAUGUCCCUUUUUCCAUGAACAUGAAGAGAUUUCAUUUGAGGGAUCUUAAAUAAUAAAGUUAUUAUCCUUGAUAACAACUCAUGCAAAAUAACCAAAAAGGUUCAAAUUCUUAAUUAAUACUUUAAUAAAGUCAAUGUGAUUUUGGUACAAUG